GAAUACACGCAUGUUUGCUGGUAAUUGAAGCUUAUAACUUUUUUUUUAAUUGUUAAUGGUUGUCAACAGCAUCUGUAUAGUUGGACAUUCGUAUGAAGCUUGAGGUGGAAGUAACACGCUCUCUUUAAAUCUAACUUUACUGAAGUGGUGUCACAAAUCGACGUUGCCGCCAAAGUAGAAGGGUCGAUAAUGCGUUUGGAAACCUUUGCCUUUAUUUUAUUUAUAGCAACAGCGGCCGUAAGCUGUAGCAAAAACAAUGACCAUAUUAAAGAAUCGAUUAAAUUUCGAAAUAGCAGUCAGGAUGAGCUAGUAAAUCGCCAAACAAACAAUAAUGAUGAGUUCGCUUUAAAUAAUAGUGAAAUGUAUAACAUAAACCACAACAACAAUCCAUUAGGCAGUGUUAUAAUCAUAAGCAACAGCUCUACUGUGGUUGUCUCUAGCGAAAAUAGUAAUAUCAGUGAGAACAAGAGCUAUGAUCACAACGAAUUGACUUACUCAGAUGCUCUGCCAAGUACAUACAGAAGGCUGCCGCACCAUCAGAGAGCGAUUGCCGCAGUUGCUGAGAAGAGAGGGUUACUAAAGAGCUCAGAUGGUGAGCGUAUCUUACGACGUGGCAAAAGAUACUUACAAUUCGCUAAAGGUUCACGUGUUUCGUGGCGGACAAAUGGUAAAAAUAAUAUCCUGAAUAUCAAUACUCUUUGGGCUUAUGGUUAUGGAUUUCGUGUUAAUUUUCCCUUUCCCGGUCCUGAUGACUCACGUCGUCCAUUCUUUAAACGCGAUGUGCUACAUUCACUCGAGGAUGUCCUCAAUGGACACGGCUUGGAUGGUCGCGCUUGUGUUUUGAAGUCUUAUUGUACUGCAGUUUUGGAUGUGGACUCUAAUAUUAGUGGCGGUAUGCUUUAUAAAAUGCUGAAGCUGAUUUUUACCUUGCAUGACCACGACAAACGCCACUUCUCCUAUCUACGCCUAGAAAAUUGCAGACAAAUUUUACAUAGCCAUUGUCCCUUGAGUUUCGACAGCAUAUCGCCAUAUACCGAUGAUGUUUGAGGAAAUACAAGUGCAAUACAAUAAAUUGUACGCACAAAUGUUUGAUUACGUGUAAAUAAGAGCUGCAAUAAAUUUGUUAUUUUUUGCAAAACCAAAUUAAUUUUCACUAUUUUCAUCACAAACGUGAUGUGAUAAAUCAACACAAUUACUUAUGCACACACACGAAGGCAAAAAUUAAACAACAGUAAACGGUUUUUUAGACAACAAAAAACCUAUAGCCUAUUUAUGGGCGUUGAAAAGCCAGCAAAGUACA